CACAUGUUCUCAUGCUAUCAUUUCUCCGAGGGAACCAAGACAAAUUCCCACUGCUCUCUCUCUCUCUCUCUCUCUUAAUAUCUGGUUCUCCAAGAUUCAAAACUGGAUAUCAUCAUCUUCAUAUCUUCAAAUCAAAUCCAACCACUAGAUUCCAUCUCCUCAUCUGCUCUGUUUUAAUUUUGUGGGUGCACAUGUUUGACUCUGUUAUAUCCUCUGUUCAUGGACGCUGAUACGAGUUCAAUUCAAGCCUUUGAAAACCAAAACAACAAUUACAGCAACAAUAACCAUGAAGUUAGCAGACAUGAUAUACGAUCUUCCAUUGCAAAAUCUGUGGAAUUGAGAGCUCUUCAUGCUGCGCUGGUCCAAAACAGUCCUGCCAGUCUCAAAUUCGCAUCUUCCACCCCUGCUUCACGACCUCUCUCGCAGUUCUCUGCUCACGAUUACCCUAUUUUCACCCCUACUUAUGAUGAUGAAACAGUACAAGUGUAUCCACGCAUUCCGAUGAAAAGCUUGACAAUAUCGGAGAGUUGGGACGAGCAUGGAUGUUUAGGAGGAAAUGACAAUGAAACAGUUGUGCAAAAGUACAUGAAGGAUAUAUCAGCUUCACGAAAAGGAUUGACUACUAGCUUAUCCACCUCAGAAUCCCAUAUUUGUCCAUUGGAGGAUCACAAAUCGGUCACUGCUUUGUCUAUAAACAAUGUUAAUGUGCUCCACACAUCUCCUGGAACAGAAUUCUACAACUCAAGUAGGAGAAAUAGCUUGGGGGACUUCAAAUCCGUGUCGUCUUGUAAUAGGUGUAAGCCUACACUUAUAGCUACCGAAUCCGAGUUUGUCCGCAGGAACAGCAAGAAUUCUAACGUUGUUGUACCAUUGACAGAUUCUCACUCGUCUGUUCUAUCACAAACGAAAAAUCGUGGGGUGAUUUCGUGGUUAUUCCCUAAGUUAAGGAAGAAGUACAAGAGCGAGAGUUCCCCUAACCGAACAGAAUCCGAGGAAGUUUCACAAGUACUUUCUAAGGACUUGGGGAUAUUGUCAAUUGAAGCACUGAAAAGAGAACUAAUCAAAGCAAAUGAGUGUAAAGAAACAGCCUUAUUCGAGGUAUCCGAGAUGAAAUCUUCAUUGAGUGAGCUGAAACAGAAGCUGGAGUACCUGGAAAAUUACUGUGAAGAGCUGAAGAAAGCACUAAAACAAGCAUCGCAGGCAAGGGAGUCUCAAAAGCUCACGAAUGUUCCGAGAAGAGGUAAAUCCAUUGAUGGAAACGGAGAGAAUUCGAUGCCGGUGAGUGAGGAAGUAAUGGGGGAGGGUUUCUUGCAGAUAGUAUCAGAAGCAAGAUUAUCAGUGAAACAGUUCUGCAAAAUCCUUCUAAGCCAAAUCGACGAAACAGAUGGUACUCUAAUCGACAAUUUGAAUUCAUUUCUCCAACCAUAUAAACUGUCAUUGAACUCAAACUACUCGAAAAAGGCAGUACUAUACCAUUUUGAAGCUGUGAUAAACCAAGAACUCUACCAAGAUUUCGAGAAUUGUGUAUUUCAAAAGAAGGGCUCGCCAAAGCACUUAGAUCCCCAACAGGAUCGCCAAGCGCAAUUUUCAUCAUUUGUUGCAUUGAGAGACUUAAGCUGGAAUGAAGUGUUGAGGAAGGGAACCAAGUAUUACAGUGAAGAGUUUAGUAAGUUUUGCGAUCAAAGAAUGAAUUUCAUCAUUACGACUAUGAAUUGGACUAGACCUUGGCCUGAACAGCUCCUUCAAGCUUUCUUUGUUUCUGCAAAAUGUAUUUGGUUGCUUCAUUUACUUGCAUUUUCGUUCAAUCCCCCGCUGGGAAUAUUGAGAGUCGAGGAGAACAGAAGCUUUGAUCCAGAUUUCAUGGAAGAUAUGUUCAUGGAUAAGCAGAGAUCUUAUGGUCCGAGCCGGGUUAAGAUUAUGGUUAUGCCAGGGUUCUAUGUUCACGAUAGGGUUUUAAGGUGUAAGGUUCUUUGCAGGUACAAGUCAGAAGCAUAAAUUAUCUAGUCUUUUUUUUUUUUUUUUUUUUUUCAGUAUUUUAGUGAUUAACUGAUAGUCAUUUACUCAUUUAUGCCACAAAUGUUUGUCACUCCAAUUUAUGUUCAGCGUUUCUCUCCUGCGGACAGACACUUGUAUAAACCGUCCGAUCUUUUCAAUGGUUGAGAUUAGAUUCAA